AAAAAAGUUUUAUGUUGUAAUCCUUCAAUUUGUUAUCUAACCUUAAAUCCGUAAAGCAUCUGCUGCCUUGAUACGAAGCCGCUUUUGUUUCUUAAGGUCACGUCAAAAACGUUAAUAUUUUCAAAAAAAAUAUGGCAGCAAAAAUCGUCGAAAUUAAGGACAGUUUAAAUAAAUCCCUUCGUGACGGGAGCAAACCCUGGACCUUUCUUUUGGACAUGAUGGAGAGCAAAACUGGUGUUGACCGCAUGUAUAUUUUCGUCGCCGCAGUGGGGAUCACAACAAUUUGGUUAAUUUUUGGUUUUGCUGCCCAAUUGGUUUGUAAUUGUAUCGGUUUCAUUUAUCCUGCCUAUGUUUCGAUACACGCCAUAGAAUCCCACAAUAAAGAUGACGACACAAAGUGGCUUACCUAUUGGGUUAUUUUCGCUUUCUUUUCCAUUUUGGAAUUUUUUGCCGACACAAUUGUUGGCUGGUUUCCACUUUAUUGGUUGGCAAAGUGUAGUGUGAUGGUUUGGUUAAUGAUUCCAACUGAAUUUAACGGAUCUAUUAUUUUAUACAAUAGAAUCGUUAGACCGUACUUUUUAAAACAUCACGCUGCUGUGGAUCAACUUUUGGAUAAAGCGAAACAAGCUUUUGACAAAAAGGAUUAAAAACCUCACACAUCAAACCAUUUCACCAAAAAAUAAUAAAUACCAAGAUGACGCGUUCGAUUUUUUUUAUUACUCUUUUUUUAGUGUUAAUUACUGUUCCGUAUUAGCGUUAAGGUUCACGUUGGAAGAUGGGUUGUUGUCGUUUUUACAGGUAGUUUUAGGUUAAAAUCGUUUUGUUAUAAGUAAUUUUCUGUGGUCAUGUUAACUGUAUUUCGCUUUUAUUUCAUUAUUAAAUUGGUUAGUUUAGUUAUUUAUUGCUUAAAAAUGAAGUAAAUCACUUGUAAUGCACUUAUAUAGCACUUAUCUUAUAUACUUUUCGAAGGAUUUUUUAAAUCAAAUUUUGUGAUUAUAUUUUUCAAUCUUACUUUUUUUUAAAUACACUAUCUUAAACAAUUUUAGCUUCAUAUUAUACGUAGUGAGAUUAGAAACGUGUUAUAUUUAAAUUAGCUUUUUCUCUAAGAUAUACAAUUUCGAUGAUAUACGAAAAAAGCUUAUUUUGUGAAAAAGAUUGUAUUGGAAACAAUUAAACCAAAAAAAAACGAUA